AUGGCCCUAACAUGUAGUGAGAGUACUGAGUACUUAGGAGUAAUUUUCGAUCAUAAACUCACUUGGAAAUUAUAUAUUGACGAUAUCAAGCAACAGGCUGAGAAGCGUAUGAUACUCCUUAAGCGCCUCGCAGGAGUUAGCUGGGGCUGUGCUACCACAACUCUACUUGAUACCUAUAAGACUUUUAUAAAACCUGUCAUGACUUACGGUAACGCUCCUCUUAUUACAGUAUCUGAGAGAGGUAUAAAUAGACUGGAACGACUGCAAAAUAAUGCACUCCUUCUUGUCACCGGUGUUGUCAAGACCACACCUAUUGACGCACUUCUAUUAUAUACCAAUGAUUUCCUUUUACAAUAUGAAAUAAAGAAAUCAGCUUUGAAGCUCUAUCAGAAACUAAUUCACCUACCUCAUAGCGAUAUGUUGACCAAGUCUGAACCUCGUGGGCUGAAGACUCAGGACGGCUACCUUCAAACUGUAUUAAAAGUGAUGGAUGAAUUUGAUAUACCUUCCCGGAUUGAACCCUUGCUUCCCCCCUUAAAUCCUAUGGAAGCUAGCGAAAUAUUAUAUCACCUGGACCUUAUGAGUCCUGUCUUAAAACCCCAGGAUUGUACAGCAGCUUUGUUCAGAGUGGGGAUGGAGACUAUCCAUAAUCAUUUUCCUCUUGAAGCAUGGUUGCACAUAUAUACAGAUGGCUCAAAGCUUGAGAUAGAUGGCGUUGCCGGUGCUGGUAUUUAUAGUGAGUAUUUCUCCCACUGUCUUUCGUUGGGAACCGCCAAGACCGCCUUUGAUGGUGAAGUUGAGGCAAUCAAAGUAGCUUUAACUCUUUCAAAUGCUCGCCCUUCUAUUUUCGAUCGAACUGUCAUCUUCUCGGAUUCCCAAGCUACGAUUCUGGCCAUUGCCAACUGCUCUCAAGUCCUUAGCUCUUAG